GAUCGAAAGCGGGCGUUAACCGCAGUCCACAUCGUCAAACUUUUUGACACGUAUCGGCUACGUUUGCUUCUUUCACGACAUAUUCACAGUCCAUCCACAGCGGUUCCGAAAAGCUAGCCAACUUUCUCGUUUUUCUCGUGCCACAUCUCAACCACUUUGCAAUAAUGUCUGAACAAACGAGCUCUGGAUUUACCAAGGAGGAAGAGCUGCUUCUGCAGGAUUUCAGCCGGAACGUGAGCACGAAAUCGAACGCUCUUUUCUACGGAAAUGCCUUCAUGAUUUCCGCUGUGCCAAUUUGGCUGUUCUGGAGAGUGCACCAAAUGGAACUGCUUCCGUCCUUGGUGUUCUUCGCCAUCGUCACUGGCCUGUGCACCUACCUAAUGGCCAUGGCCUACAAGAACACGAAGUUUACCCUGAAGCACAAGAUUGCCAACAAGCGGGAGGAUGCCGUCACCCGGGAAAUGACCGCUUUGCUGGCCGAUGACAAGAAAAUCAGCCGUAAGGAAAAGGACGAACGUAUCCUCUGGAAGAAGAACGACGUUGCGGAAUACGAAGCGACCACUUUCUCCAUCUUCUACAACAACGCUCUCUUCCUGGCGGUGGUUAUCUUUGCCAGCUUCUACCUUCUGCGUUCCUUCACUCCCACCUUCAACUACAUUCUGUCGAUGGCCGGCGCUAGCGGUUUGAUGGCGCUUCUGUCCACAGGAAAGUCUGCGUAACUUACUCCGCGUUGACAAAAGCGACACGACAGUGUCCACACUGCGGUAAGAAACAACCAGUUUUUGUGUGUUUUUCAGCGUGUAGUUAUUGUCUGAAGAAUUCGAUACUUUCGCAUUUAAGUUUAAGAAGGCAGGUUUUUUCUUCGGAUAGUAGUUCUCACAUUUGAUUAGAGUUUAAAUAUCAUCAACGCGAAAACAUCUUUUUUUUUCAUAAGCUCAGUACUGAUGAAGGGAAGGUUUUUGCUUCCCGUGUUAGAUUAUUUAAGAUAACAAAUUACAAUUUUCAUAGCCUGGAUUGGAGAUUUGAACGUAUCACAAUAAAAUGAAGGGCAAGAAAAACUA